AUGGCGUGUACCGUUGCCGGCUGUUCAAGUCGAUUGGGUGUUUUGACGGAGAAUAAUGAGAAUGUAUCAUUCCAUCGAUUUCCGGCUGACGUCGACUUGAAAAAAUUAUGGGUUAAAAAUGUAAGGAAAGGAGAUGAAUGGAAGCCCACACAGUAUACCAGGAUCUGCUUUUUACAUUUUGAUAAAUCUUGUUUUCGUGAGGGUUAUGGACGAAAAACCCUACAUUCGUACGCAGUACCAACAAUAUUUCCUAAUCAACCAUUAUCGCGUCGACCAAAAUUACCUACAAAAAGAAAACUUAUACCGAAAUAUGGCGAGACCUCUGCUGCGAGAAAAGACGAGCAACGGGGAUGCCCGAAUACUUUAGGACCCAACGGAGGACCUUGGUGGACCCAAGGGGAGAAGUAA